AUGGUGCCCAUGGCGACGGAGCCCCCUCCCUCUGCCGCUCCACCUCUCCGGGCCCUGUCUUCCGGAGAGAGCCGAACCGGCGGCAGUGUGGAUACCAGGCUCCAGUCUGGACCAGUUUGGUCCAGCCAAACAGCUGCCAUGGAGGAUCGGAACUGGCAGAUCUGUGGGCGGAAGGGAUUCUGCAUGUGCCGUCGGGGAAGGUGCUUUGAGCAUCUGGUUUAUGUUUCCACGACCCGGGAUUUUCAAGAUAUACUCCGCAUCGAGGAGGAGAGGGAGGAGGACCUCGAGUUGGAGGAGAAGAUGAAGGAGGAGGAAGAGGAGGAGGAGGAGAAGGUGGAUGAGGACAAGAAGGAACGAGCAAAGAAGAUGAAAUUGGAAAAGGAGGAUGAAGUGGGGGAGGCUGAGGAGCAGAAGGAGGAAGAGGAGGGGGAGAAAAAGGAGGGAUGCAGUACAUUCUGUUCCCAGAGUCUGCCUCAGGUAGUCACGUUCUGCGGGCUGGUUGACCUGUUUGCGAGGCCCAGAAGAGUUUGGCCUGAAGCGGGAGAAGGUGCCAGGGAAAAGAGAAGAAGGGUAACCCGUGCCCGGAGGUGGGUGAGGAAUUCCUUGAUGGGGAAGACCAGGAUGUACCCCCAGGGCGGGGAGUGAACACAACACCAGCUUCUCCUGGGGCCCCGGUGAUGCCCAGCCAGAAACACAUGCCCCUGCCCUCACCCACCCCCAACCACCACAGGAAGUCCGGCCCUGCCUUUGCCCCAGAAAUCUGGCCUUUCCCACCUUUAUCAAAAUGUGCCUCCAUUAUUUAACAUCAGCCAGCCACAUCCUCAUCACCCUUGGGUUUUACUAUCAGCCAGCAAUGUCCACAUCGCCCCACUCCUUUAGUAUCUGCUGGUCACAUCAGGAUCUACAUGUCCUUCAAAGUCUGAUGGCCACAUCUGCAUCUUCCCCUCAUUUAACGUGUGCUGCCCAUGUCUACCUCUUCUUUAGUAUCUGCUAGCCACAUCCUCAUCCCCUCCGACAUUUAACAUCUGCCGUCCGUUUCAGCAUCGUCCCCGUCCUUCUCUGUCUACCUGCUAUGCCUGCAUCUCCCCAUUCCUUUUAUGUCUGCUGGCCACAUCUGCAUUGUUCCUGCUUCUGAAGGUCUGCUGGCCACAUCCUCUCCCAUUCUUAAACAUCUGGCUCACCCUCAUCCUUCAUUAUCCGCGGGCUACACCCCCUUGCCCCUGUCAUUCAAUGUCUGCUGGCCACGUCUGCAUCACCCCAUUCCUUUAACUUCUGCCAGCCACAUACAUUUGCCCCCAUCCUUCAAUGUUCGCGGGCUAUGUCUGCAUCACUCCUGCCCUUUAACGGUGGCUGGCAUCUGCAAUUCAUUUAUUUAAAUUAAUGUCUGUCUCCCCUUCUAGAUUGUAAGCUCAUGUU